CACAGACGUCCUCGGCACGCGCAGCAGCCGGAGCGCUGAACCUCCAGCGCCGAAAGAGUUAAAGCCCCCCCCCCACCACCACCACCAUGUACCGAGCGGCUGACUGGAGGUUAGUUAGACUGUUGCGGCGCAGAGCGUAGUGUGGACGCGGCGGCGGUGGCGGCCGGCGUACAGCAGCGCACCGAACACGGGCCAACUUCACGGUUUAAAGCUGCCAGAACUACCCGACAAAGAGAACCCAGCAGCCAUGUCGCAGCGGAGGAGGAUCUCUGGAUUUGACAGCGCUCAGUCUCGCUACUACUGAGGGCGCGCGAGUAGACAGGGGGAGAGGGCUGCUUUUCCCCCCCCCCUUCUUCUGGCUUGUGUGUGGAUAUCGUCUCCCCGAUGGACGGGCAACGGGGCUUUUACGAGAUGGAGAACCCGGCGGAGAACCCCAGUAAGGCGGUGGAGUACCUCGCGGAGCUGAACAAGAUCAUCGAGACGCAGCAGGGGCUGCUGGAGAAGCAGCGAGUCCGGAUCGAGGAGCUGGAGCUCCAGGUGACGGACCUCUGCAAGGAGAACGUGUGCCUGAAGGACCAGCACCAGCGGCACCUGGCCACCUGCAGACUUCAGCAGGGCAACCACUCUGCCCUGGUAGCCAUCAAGGAGAACGAGGCGCAGGAAAAAUCUGAAAGCGAAUGUUCGAGAAGUGUCAGGCAACACACCUCAUUGCCCAUAGAAGUCGCAGCGAUCCCUCUCAACCUUAUUGCCCCAACGUGUGGAAGAAGUUACCCCUGUCGCAAAUGGAAGUCUGCAUCUUUCGGACCAGACACAGAAGUCCCCAGCUCUGCCAUGACUCACAGACGCCACCAUCACUUUGUGGAAGGUGAUGCUGCAGACAGCGAGGUGGGUGCCUCAGUGGACCCCGGCGGUAGCUACAGCUGCAUCCCAGUGACCCACAGCGGUGGGCUGGGCCCCGACCACCUGGACAGCCAGCUCUACGGACACAUCCUGCUGCCCGGCCACUUGCGGCCCCGCCGACCCAAGCUCCAACACUCCCAGUCCAUCCUCCGCAAGCAGGCAGAGGAGGAGGCCAUCAAGCGCUCCCGCUCGCUGUCGGAGAGCUAUGAGCUCUCAGCGGACCUGCAGGACAAGCAGGUGGAGAUGCUAGAGCGUAAAUAUGGUGGCCGUUUCAUAACCCGGCAUGCAGCCCGCACCAUCCAGACAGCCUUCCGCCAGUACCAGAUGAACAAGAACUUUGAGCGUCUAAGAAGUUCUAUGUCUGAGAACCGUAUGUCCAGACGGAUCGUCCUAUCCAAUAUGAGAAUGCAGUUUUCCUUUGAAGGACCUGAAAAAGUCCACAGCUCCUACUUUGAGGGAAAGCAGGUCUCACUAACGGAUGACGGCACCAAAAUGGGUGCGCUCGUGCAGUCGGAGCACGGUGGGGAGAUGGGCCUGCAGACCAAGACCCCCACUACACAGAGCGACUUCACAGACGCUAUCACAGAACUAGAAGAUGCCUUCUCCAGGCAGGUCAAAUCUUUAGCUGAGUCUAUAGAUGAUGCGCUAAACUGUCACAGUCUGCAUGGUGACGACAACCAGUCAGAGCCAGGGAGAGGCCACCAUGACAUGGACAGGGAGGUCAGCUGCCAGGUGAAACCCACCCACGGGGCUUCGGAACACCGCAAACUAGAUGAGAUGACGGCGUCUUACAGUGAUGUCACCCUUUACAUCGAUGAAGAAGAACUGUCACCACCACUGCCCCUGUCUCAAUCUGUGGACCGAACCUCCAGCACUGAAUCAGACUUGCGUCAGCGUUCCCUCAACUCUUCCCAGGACUACUGGUCACUGGCUCAUAAGGAUGAAAAGGGGGACACAGACACCAGCUGCCGUAGUACACCAUCUCUGGAGUACCAAGAGCAGCGCUUGCGGGUGGACCACCUACCCUUACUGACCAUUGAGCCUCCGAGCGACAGCUCGGUGGAGCUCAGUGAUCGCUCUGACCGCAGCUCCUUGAAGAGACAGAACGCCUCCGACCGGACUCUCAGCAACCAGCAGAACAGCCCCAAGCACAUCGGCCACAGUCUGCCACCCCGAGGUCCUUCCAGAGACGAGGACGCCCCCCGCCAUCGGCCACGGCAACUGGAGGCCCAUCUGGCCAUCAACGGCACCGCCAACCGGCAGAGUAAGUCGGAGUCCGAUUUCUCCGAUGGCGACAACGACAGCAUCAACAGCACGUCCAACUCCAAUGAUACCAUCAACUGCAGCUCUGAGUCCUCGUCCAGGGACAGCCUGAGGGAGCAGACGCUCAGCAAGCAGACGUACCACAAGGAGACUCGCAACAGCUGGGACUCGCCUGCAUUCAGUAACGACCUCAUCCGCAAGAGGCACUACCGCAUUGGCCUCAACCUCUUCAACAAGAAACCAGAAAAAGGCAUCCAGUAUCUGAUAGAGCGAAACUUUGUUCCGGACACUCCAGUGGGUGUGGCCCACUUCCUGCUCCAGAGGAAAGGCUUGAGUAGGCAGAUGAUCGGCGAGUUCCUGGGUAACAGACAAAAACAGUUCAACCGAGAUGUCCUCGACUGUGUGGUGGACGAAAUGGACUUCUCAGCUAUGGAGCUGGAUGAAGCACUCAGGAAAUUCCAGGCACACAUCAGAGUGCAAGGAGAAGCACAGAAGGUGGAGCGGCUCAUAGAGGCCUACAGCCAACGCUACUGCAUCUGCAACCCCGGCGUGGUGCGGCAGUUCAGGAACCCCGACACCAUCUUCAUCCUGGCCUUUGCCAUCAUCCUCCUCAACACGGACAUGUACAGCCCCAACGUCAAGCCGGAGAGGAAGAUGAAGCUGGAGGACUUUGUCAAGAACCUUCGAGGAGUGGACGACGGGGAAGACAUCCCCCGAGAGAUGCUGGUGGGGAUUUAUGAGCGGAUCCGCAAGCGUGAGCUCAAGACCAACGAAGACCACGUGUCUCAGGUUCAGAAAGUGGAAAAACUCAUCGUUGGAAAAAAGCCGAUCGGCUCGCUACACCAUGGUCUGGGCUGUGUGCUCUCUUUACCCCACCGGAGACUGGUCUGCUACUGCAGACUUUUUGAAGUGCCCGACCCCAACAAACCUCAAAAGUUGGGCCUUCACCAAAGGGAGAUCUUCCUCUUUAAUGACCUGCUGGUGGUUACAAAAAUAUUCCAAAAGAAGAAGAACUCUGUGACAUACAGCUUUCGGCAGUCCUUCUCACUUUACGGCAUGCAAGUGCUGCUCUUUGAGAACCAGUAUUAUCCCAAUGGAGUCCGUCUGACUUCAGCCAUUCCCGGAGCUGACAUCAAAGUCCUCAUAAACUUCAAUGCACCCAAUCCUCAGGACCGCAAAAAGUUCACUGAUGAUUUGCGAGAAUCUAUCGCUGAAGUCCAAGAGAUGGAGAAGUACCGGAUAGAAUCUGAGCUAGAGAAGCAGAAGGGCGUGGUGAGGCCCAGCAUGUCCCAGUGUUCCGGGAUGAAGAAGGAAACGGGCAACGGCAACCUGAGCCGAGCGAGCCUCGACGACAGCUACGCCACCGGCGAGGGUUUGAAGAGGAGCGCCCUCAGCAGCUCCCUACGUGACCUCUCGGAUGCAGGCAAGCGUGGGAGACGCAGCAGUGCGGGAUCACUAGACAGCAAUAUGGAAGGGUCCAUCAUUAGCAGCCCCCACAUGCGCCGGAGGACCCCCUCGGGCCGAGACUGCCCGUCCCGCCACAGCGGUCAGUCCCUGCCCAACUCCUCCUCGCUGCUUGGAACGCUUUUCGGCGCCCGGCGGGUGAAGUCCCCCAGCCCGACCCCACAGGCCCUGCACCCCACCCUCAUCUCCCACACCCCUCACCCCGCCAACCUGCACCAUACGGCCCGGUCGGAGACGGACGCGCCGGCCUCCGCGCACCCUCACCACGGCCAGUUCUGCCCCGUGACCCAGAACCCCCCGCCUUACCACCACCACCACCACUACCACCCGCCGGCCCACCUGCAGCACCCGCCGCACCAGUACCACCCGGCGGCGUCUCACGGCCAGCAGCCGGCCUACCCACCCCACGGCCACGGGGGUCACCCGCCGCACCCCACCCACGGGCCCCACCACCACGGCCCGCCGCCGGCGCCCUCUCAGGCACCGAGUAGUGCCAAGCCCAAACACAGCGGCAUCAGCACGGUGGUCUGAGGUGUACGUGAAGAGGGGGGGGGGGGUUUGGGGGACGCUCUCUAACUGAACUUUUUUAAGGUUCUCGCACUGUGCAUCUGCCGGUCUGGAGAUGUGAAGCCAGACAAGAUCCUGUGCCUCCUUUGGCAUUUCAUUUUUAUUUCAUUUGUUACGCUUGGGGCAGCGUAUUCAAUAUAAACACAUUUCCUCUGC